AUGCCCGACCGGAAAAACGCCGACACCAAGGCCUUCGACUACGACGUGGUCAUUGUUGGCGCCGGCAUAUCCGGCAUCGGCUUCGCCUACAGGCUGCAGCAGUCGAACCCGAACCUAUCAUAUGUCAUCAUUGAAGGGCGACAUGAGAUUGGCGGCACAUGGAGCUUGUUCAAAUACCCAGGCAUCCGAUCCGACUCCGACUUAUACACAUUUAGCUUCCCAUGGAAGCCAUGGACCAAGGGCCAAGCCAUUGCGGAGGGGCCCUUGAUCCAGGAAUAUUUGAACGAAGCGGUCGAGGAGCAAGGUAUCAGGCCACACAUUAAGUUCAACCACAAGGUCAACGCCAUGGACUGGUCGAGCGCGGCCAACAUCUGGACAGUCAAUGUCACUUCCGACGGCAGCACGCAACGGCAGAUCCGCAGCCGCUUUGUCUGCCUCGGAUCGGGCUACUACGACUACGACGAGCCGCUCAAGGCCGUCAUCCCCGGCAUCGACCAGUUCCAGGGCUCCGUCAUCCACCCCCAGUUCUGGCCCGAAGACUUUGACUACACCGACAAGAACGUCGUCAUCAUCGGCUCCGGCGCCACCGCCGUAACCCUGCUACCGAGCAUGACCGACAAGGCCGCGCACGUCACGAUGCUCCAGCGGUCGCCCAGCUGGAUCAUCCCCGUGCCCAACCGCAGCAAGGGUAUCGAGUCCUUCAUGCAGCGGUGGCUGCCGGGGCGACUCAGCGCGGCCCUCGUGCGCUUCCGCCGCACGCUCAUGGGCCUCCUCUUCGUCAACUACUGCCUGUGGCGGCCCUCGUCGGCGCGCAAGCUGCUACUCGGCAUGACGGAGAAGCAGCUGCCUGCCGGGACCGACAUGGCGCCGAACCACACCCCUGCGUACGACCCCUGGUCGCAGCGGCUGUGCGCGACGCCCGACGCCGACUUUUACGCGGCGCUGCGCGCGGGCACGGCGAGCGUCGUGACGGGCCGCAUCGCGACGGUGACGGAGAAGAGCAUCCGGCUGGAGUCGGGCGAGGAGCUGCACCCAGACGUCAUCGUGACGGCGACGGGGCUCAAGACGGCGGUGGGCGGGAACGCGCGCAUCGCGGUGGACGGGGUGGCUGCGCACCUGCCGGACCGGUACUCGUGGAAGGGCGCGAUGCUCGAGGGGCUGCCGAACCUGUUCUACGCGUUCGGGUACGUGGACGCGAGCUGGACGCCCGGCGCGGACGCCACGGCGCAGCUGGCUGGGCGCAUGAUCCGGCAGAUGGACCGCGAGGGCAAGCGCGCGCUCAUCCCGAGGCGCACGGAGAGGGAGAGGGAAACGAUGAAGGACGUGCCUUUUAUGCGGCUAUCAUCAACGUACGUCAAGUCGGGGCUAGUCAACUUGCCCAAGUCGGGCGACGCCAAGCAGUGGCAGCCGCGGUCGUACUACUUUAAGGACAUUACGAAUGCUUGGUGGGGAGAUAUACGAUCGAGCAUUGAAUGGAGAUGA